UCAUUUUUCCUUCUCUCUGACUGCAUUCUUGCAGCCAUUGAGAAAUACUGUGUGAGCUGUGAUUGGUCACAGCUUGUCACAUGGUACAAGACUGUUGCGAAUAGCCUUGUACCAUGUGACCUCUAUGAUCAUUCACAGAUUUCAUACGUAGUAAGCAAUGAUGUCAGAAGUGACAUCUUGCUUACUACUCUUCAUGUGAUCACUGAUUGGCCAAUCAGUGAUCACAUGAUCGGGACCUCGUACAGAGGUCCCAUACAGCGGCUUCCAGGGAGUGCGCACGGUCCAAAAUGGCGGGUACUGUUUAUG